AAUUGGAAGCAUUCGAUUUUCAGCUUUCUGAAAUCCGCCAAUCCAUCCUUGAUAAUGCUCAUAACGAGAAUUGCGCUCUCCUCGCUUCGGAAUCGUUCCAAUGUUGGCGCAUCGUGUUUCACGCAUAGGGGUUCAGAUGUUGAAUAUUCCUAUUCCACCACAAGUAAUGAACAAAAUAAAUUGAAAAGCAAAAUUAAACUCACAAAAGAUGGUAAACUCACCUGGAACGAUUACUUUGCGUUGAGGCGUCGACGGAGGAUGACCGAACGUUUUGUAACCUACCCUUCCGCGCUUGGUAGUCUUGGUGCAAGCCUUGCGUACGUUGCCACCAGAGAAUUUGACCCUACCCCAAUAUUCGGUCAGGAGCCUUUCCUCAUAUAUGGUACUGGUACCGCUUUAUGUGGCCUCACCGGCCUACUGCUCGGACCCAUUGUCGGAAGUUCAAUUUGGAAAUUUUUUCAUAGGGAAGAAGUGAAAUUGAUGGAACAGCAGAUAGAAUUCCUAACGUUAAGUUUUCUGUAA